UGCUGUCUUUGCUGCUUCCUAAAUGAGCCUCACAUCAACGACAAUUGUAACUGGAAAACGACAGUUUUCUAUCAGAAAUUGGUGACCUGAUCAGCAUUCCCUGCAUUGACUAUUAGACUCAACCCAAGUUCUGAUAUUUUUCAGAUCAACUAUUUCUUUCUCAAGUGAUUGGUUUUCUACGUUGAUAAUUUCUUCUCAACAAGUACAAAAUUUUCUCAGCAAAUAAAUCAGAAGCUUACGUACAUUGAUUAGAUAUUUAUUUGAUUUGGGUACAAGAUUAAAUAGUAAUCAACUGAACAUCAUGAAUUAUUUUUAAGUAGGCAAUAGAACCGUAGAAAAUAAAUUUUUGUAGGCAACUGAGAAAUAAAAACUUCUAAUACACGAAGAAAAAAAAUGUAGCAGCUGAUGCUUUCACAAAAUAUUUAAAUGAUUGGUUUGAUGUAGAGACUCGACUUGGAUUUUCCUUGGAUGUAUAGUUCACGGGAAUUUGAAUCAUGAAAAAAUUCUUUGCUUUCUGUAAAUUUUGACUCAAAAAGAGAAAUUACAUUUCAUUUUAAAUUACUAUGUCUCCACAAAUAAUUAUUCUAUUAUAAGUUUAAUUGAUAGUUCACACGUUAUAAUUAAAAUAAUUAGUUUAUUAUUAAAUACAUUUUGAUUGUCUGCCAACUUACAAUCACCUGGCCUUUAAUUGAUAUUUUAAUACAAACGAAAUUUAAAAAAUAUAAAUAAACCUCAAAUAAUUAUUUUAUUUAUUUAAUUAUUUCACUAUAAAUUAAUAAGUAUAUAAAUUUUUGACAUGUGUUAAAAUAUAUCGUAUAUAAAUUUUUGUACAAGGGUUAAAGUAUCAGUGAUUUAAUUUUUAAUCUCUUUGCUUAUUCUACUUCUUCUUUAUUCUCUGCUUCAUUUAAACUUAAAUGCCUGCGCAAGUAAUUUUAGUAACAGAAUUUACAAGCACAGUCAUUUAACCCGAGUUAAUCAACUCUUUAGUCUAGUGGUUUAAAAUUAUGUACGGCUUUGCUACCAUUACUUUGUACAAGUACUAAAAACUAUUAUUAUUUUAAUUUGUGCCGGUAAAUUUUAUUUAAAUAAAUAAUUUAUAAAUAAAAAUAAAAAUAAAAAUGGAUGUGGCUAAAGAAUUGGUGUUAAGAAUGAAACAAAUAAAUAAAUCACAUGUAGGAUACGGUUUGCAAGCUGAAAGUGAAGCUUUAGUAGGUCAUAUUUUACAGAAUAUGGCUAAAUCACCAAUGCCGUCAUUUAAAGUUGAUAGAAAAAAUGAAAGAGAUUGCUUGCGUUAUCGCGAAGAAGGAAACCAACACUUUGUUGCUGGAGAUGAUCAAGAAGCAAUAGAAAGUUACACCCGGUCACUAGCAUACGCAAACACAAAUAAACUAAUGGCCCACGCGCGCGCUAAUCGCUCCGCAGCUUUAUAUCGGAAGGAAAUGUACAAGGAGUGUAUCAUCGACAUUCAAGCGGCUCUGGAGCUCGGAUACCCCGAAGACAAACGCAAGAACUUGCAAGACCGAGGCUUGAAAGCUAUGGCGAAAUUGAACCAGGUCAAAGCCAAUGGCGAGGACGACCGCCCAGCGGAUGCUGAGUCUCUGAUAAUAUCCGACUCUGCGGAGACUGCAGACAAAAAAGAUAUUAGUGACGUAGAAAUAAAGCAAGACGCUGAUGAUGAUAAGUUUAUAAAGCCGAGGUAUUUGUUGAACCCGGAAGUCAUGUCCGUUCCUUACGGUCUGAGUGACGAAGCUCCUGCAAAUAGCAAAGGUAUAGCUAUUAAAUAUUCCGAAGAAUAUGGACGUCAUCUAGUAGCCACUGAACAUUUCAAAGCUGGGGAAAUACUUACUAUUGAGAAACCUUACAGUUGGGUCAUUUAUCGUGACAAAUUUUACACCCACUGUCAUCAUUGUUUAGAGCAAUCCAGUUGCUUGAUACCAUGUCCUUAUUGUCCAAUAGCUCAGUACUGCAGUGAAAAGUGUCGUCUAGAAAGUUGGAACCUGGCUCAUAAUAUAGAAUGCUCUGUACUGAGUGUUCUCCUGAAUCUCUUGAAUGUCGAUGAAGAUAAAAUACGGAUGGUUAUGAAAAUAAUACGUCUGAUGGUAACGGUAACAUCUGGGGGAAAUAAAAUUGAUGAUUUACGUAAAGAUAUGACGAUUGCUGAAUCAAAUCUUGAUAACAGAACAGCUGGGUUUACUGAUAAAGGAGCUUUAGAAAGUACCAGCGCGAGAUCUGCUUUGAGUCUCGCGACCAAUAUGACAACACGUCCGCUUAUUGGUAUCAGCGCAUUUGCUUGCAUUUCGGCACUGACUGCAAUGUUACUGUCGACUCAAACUAAAUUUUUUGGUAAAAAGUAUCAACUUAGUGAGCUCAAAGACAUCAAUAAACUACCGGAUAUUAAAUUUUGCGGGAGUAUUAUGCUCAGAGCUUGUGUCAUCACUUCGUCAAACUGUUUUUCGAUCCAACCGGAACCGGGAAUAAAAGUUGGGUCAGGUCUGUAUGUAGCUCACAGUCUGUACAAUCACUCGUGUGCAGCAAAUACCUUUAGACACUUCGAAGGUCUGACGAUGAUAACACGUGCGAUGGAACCGAUUCGUCCUGGGGAUCAAGUAUUUACAGGAUACGGCGCUGAUCAUUCUUACCUGGGUCUUGCUGAGCGCAAAGACAAACUGAUGGAGGAAUACUUUUUUGACUGCCAGUGUCCGGCUUGUGUCAACGACUGGCCGACUUACAAAGUUAUUCUUGAUAAGCAUCUGGGCUCCAUUAAGCGGAAUAAGAAACUCGUUGAUCGGCUGAAACCAUACAAACAGAGAUUGUUAACAGACAAGUAUGACAUUGAUGCUGUGAAGCAAGUGCUUGAUAUUCUUUACAGUGAUCCGACGGUGUCUAAACCCUGCGAAGAAAUUCUACACGCGGUACAUUAUCUUAGAUGUUACUAUUUAGAUCCUUAGUCGACGUGGAAUUAAAAUACAAAUUUUUUACUAUGUAAUACAAUUUUUAUUACUUUUUAGUUAUUACUGUGACAAGUUCAUUUUCGAAGGUGUGAUAAUUAUAAUUAUUAAUUAUUGUAAUUAAUUAAGAGAAGUUGUCAGUAAAAAAAAAUUGUUUCUUUAUUAACAUUAAUUAUUUUUCCAAAUUUAAUUACGCUAAAAUUAUGGGAUAAAUUUAACUGAUUGACUCUUUCUUCAAAUGCAGCCAAAAAUUGACAUCAAAUAAAAAGAAAGUUUUUAUUUUAAUUUUGUUGUCAAUUUUUUAAAAAAAUUAGUCAUCAAUCGGCUUAAUAAAAUCAAUUAAUUUAACAUCCUUAUUAAAAAGAAAAAUAAUUUCGAACGAACGCGGGACUUUAAUUUGUUGAGCGGGAAAUUUAAAAUUAAAUAAAUGCUAUUUUCCAUAUCAAUUACGACAGCUUUUAAAAAUUAAUUAAUACUAUUUAUAUAUGUAAUAAUUAGUGAACAUUAUUGUAAUUAAAAAGACAUGCAUUUAUUCUAUUUUAUCCACACAAUAAAUUUAAACUUUCGCACAUGCGUCUAAAAUAAUUUUAAUUUAAAAAUUAAUAAUUUUCCCGCCGGAAUAAAUUUCAAAAUUUCUUGAAAUCAAUUGACGACUGAUUUACACUUAAAUUUCACUAAAUUAAAAAAAAAAACGUGGAACGAAACUGGAACAAUUUUUCAAUGAAUGGCAAAGCUGAAAGCUUCUCUUAAUUAUAAUUAUAAAUUAACAAUAAACGCUACAUAUAAUCAUAUAUUCAUUUCACUCAUAUCAGAAUUCUAUGUGCUA